CUAGGAUGAGUUGGUUGAGCCGUUUGACGCCGCGGGGUCAAGGCGGUCGAAGCAGUCGGAAUACGGCUCCGUCCAGCCCCUGCACGGCGGACCCAGAGACCUGCCUCAUGGUGUUCGAGAAUCACUGGAGACAGGUGUCCUGGGUUUUGGAGCAGCGUGAGCCGUCCGUGGGCGGGGGGGCUGACGACCUGACGGCUGUGCGGAAUCACACAGAUCAGAUGUUGUGUCUGCUGGCAGAGGAGUGGCCUCAGGAGGCUGACGGAGACUCACCUGCAAUGGGUCCCAUUUUGGAGAUGGUUGUGUCUGAGAACAUUCUGGACCGGUUAGUUCAGUGGCACUUGAGGCGUGGUCUGGACCCUGACAGCCAGGGGGCGCUCUUAAAGCUGUUUGAGAUGCUGAUUGGCCAGUCCCAUCAGCCUCUGCUUCAGCACAGCGCCGUUCUGCAGCCUCUGCUAUGUCUCCUGGGUGCGUGUGGAGACCCUCAGCUGGGCUGCAGUCCAGCACUGGAAGCCAGCCUUGUGCUGCUCCUCAAUCAGGUGUGUGUAACCAUGGCGAGGCAGCCAGCCGUGCUGGAGAUGCUGUUCCGCUCCGGACCGGUGCCACAGGGACCCACCAACUUACUGAUCUUCUCCCUGCUGGUCCCCUUCAUCCACCGUGACGGAGCCAUCGGACAACAGGCCCGUGAUGCCCUGCUCCUCGUCAUGGCAACCUCCGCUAGCAACCACGCUGUGGCACGCUACAUCGCUGAGAACUCUUACUUCUGUCCGGUGCUAGCCACAGGUUUGAGUGCGUUGUACUCUUCUCUUCCACGUAAAAUCGAGGUGCGGGGAGAUGACUGGCACGCCCUACGGCAGGAGGACUGGAUGGGCGUGUCCUCUCUGGUGCUAUUCAUGAACUCUCUGGAGUUCUGUAACGCCGUGGUGCAGGUGGCGCACCCCCUCGUACGCAGCCAGCUCCUCGACUACGUCCACAACGGCUUCCUUGUGCCCGUCAUGGGCCCCGCCCUGCACAAGUCAUCUGUGGAUGAGAUGAUCGCAAGUACAGCGUACCUGGAUCUGUUUCUGCGCAGUAUCACAGACAAGUCCCUCCUCAAAACCUUCCUGCGUUUCAUCCUGCUGCAUCGCCAUGACAACGACACAAUCCUCGACACGCUGCUCACUCGCAUCAGCAGCAACUCACGGCUAUGCAUGGUCUCUCUUAGUUUGUUCAAGACUCUGCUCUCGCUUAACUGUGAGGACCUCAUGCUCCAGCUCGUUCUCAGGUAUCUGCUGCCGUGCACACACGUGAUGCUAAGUCAGCGGCGUGCGGUCAGGGAAACUGACCUCUAUGGCAAAUCUGCCGAUAAGUUCCUGUCGCUUAUCCCGGAAUGCUGCCGUCUCGCCACAGCGCCCUCUAGUGACCGAGAAGACGAACCUCCUUUUUGGGGCAAGGUAUUGGGCAGCCCCAGUUCCGAGUCUCCAGUUCACCCAAAACCCAGUACGCCGUCCCGCCUGGCCCUGUUUAUCCGCCAACAGAGUACUGGAGGCGUUACUAACUCCUCCCCUAGUUCUGAAAAUGCCCCUUCCUCCCCCCGCGCAAGUCCUGCCUCCCCCCUGUCCCCAGACAGCCCCAUGCACCAGUCGUUGGGGGACACUUCAGAGUGCGAUUCGGGCUACCUGGAAUACCUCCGGGACGCCCGCAGGGGCAUAGAGCUCUGUUCCUGGGCCUGCCGCGAUUGGUCUGCCCCUUACGACGGAGAGAACCCUUCCCCGAACUCUGUCCCCCCGCCCCCGCCUCCGCCCACGGCUAACCCGUCCCUCGUCCUGGUCCCGGAGCACUUCUCUCUCCAGGGAAGCGGGGGAGGUCCGGAGCAGAGGGCGGCUGCCGCCCGAGCGGAGUGGAGCAACUCGGACCGGGACAGCGGGGAGUGGGACGUCACCAUCAGCAAAAACUGUAUCAGCCUCACCCCGCGCUCCAAGAAACGAAGCCUGCUCCCCAAUCCUGCCGCUCCGCCGCCGAGCGCAACCUCAUCGUCGCCGCUGCCGUCGUCGAUCACCUCCGCGUCGUCCGCAUCAGUGCAGUCUGUAUCCCCUCUCAUGUCCUCCGGCUCCUCUCAGCCCCUCUACAACGGCACCGGGCAGGCGGACGUGUGUGCCGACGCCUCCGACGGAGGAAUGGAGGUGAAGAAGGUGAAGAGAGACUCAGAUGUGAACGGAGGAUCAGGAGAACCAGGACAGAACGGAGGUAUGGACACAGGCCUCUCCGAAUCAUGUUUGCCUCUGCCAGGGGGUUAUGGUGACUUCCAGGGAAGCGCGGUCGGGUCUGUCACGAACCCCUCAACGUCUCAGGUUCAGUCUGCGCCACCUCCACAGCCUCCACCCGCAACGCCGGCCACCUCUGCCCAGGAGACUCAGCCCAUCGAGGGCCAGCAGUCUACCUUAGCCCCAGGCACCACCGAGGCCUCCAGCAGCCGGGGGCUGGAGUCAGUAGAAAGGCUGAUCGAGGAGCUUUUGGAGCAGGAGCCGACGGACUCGCCUCAGCCCGGCGACUCCAACGGCCAGGGCAUCAGCAUCGAGGCCUUCCACCAGGAGCUCCGAGAGCUAGAGGAGCGUGUACGUGAGAGGAGGAACAUGUCCCGGAACCUCGAGGAGACUACACGAGAACCUAUGUCAAUCCCGAAUAGUCGAGAUGAGGAGUCGUGUACACUGGAAGCUGAGCAGGGAACUGGAGAAUCCAGAACAGAGAGCUCUGCUGUGGGGGUGUACAGCCCUGCAAGACCCCUGGGGCAACCACUGGCCCAACCAUACACAGGUCCUUUUAUAACGGUGCUGUUCUGUAAGUUGGAGAACAUGAUGCAGAACUCUUUGUACGUGAACAUCCUGCUGACAGGCAUACUCUUCCAGCUGGCCUGCUAUCCCCAGCCUCUCCUGCGUUCCUUCCUGCUCAACACUAACAUGGUCUUUCAACCCAGCGUCAAAUCGCUCAUUCAGGUUCUAGGUUCGGUAAAGAACCGCAUUGAGGCGUUCGCGGCGGCGCACGAGGACUUUCCGGCCAUGCUGAGGAAGGCUCGGCGUUUUCUGGCGGCCCGAGGGAAACUGGAUUGGACGGACUCUCCCAUGGCAGUGCCCAACCUCCGCAGAUCUGACUCUUUUGUGAAGAGCAGAAAACCAUCCCUGGGUGACCUGAUCCUGCGGCACACCAACAGCCCCACGCGAGCCCGCCACGCCGCCCAGCUGGCCCUCGCCCACGUGAGGGACGGCGGCCAGUCUCUUCACAGCGCCCUGUUCCGGGGGGGCGGGGGAGGGGCCUCUGGGCUGGAGAGGCAGGCGGAGGCGCUGCGAGUGAAAAACGCCGUCUACUGCGCCGUCAUCUUCUCCGAGUUCCUCAAAGAGCUGGCGGCGUUGGCACAGGAACAUGCCGUGGCCCUGCCGUACCCGCCCAGUCAGGGCUCUGAGGAGUGA